AAGAGCAGCGGAGGAGGAAGAUCAUCGCGCGGGGCACAGAUCGCAUGGCGCUGAUAACGGGUCGGAUCAACACACUCAAUCCGGAUCCGGUUUUAAAGUGCUCUACCUUCACCGCCAACCGCUCCGAUCUUCCACCGCCGCAGCAUUCCCGCUCAUCAUCCGAGCCUCUCUCCGCAAACGACCAAGCCUUCUUCCAAUCCGGUGGAUGCGAGGUUCCUAUUGUAAAAGCCAAUCCUGUUGAGGAAGCAUCAUCUACAGGAACGGAUUCGAGAAGCAGAGAUUUGGACGUGCGCCAACACGAUCAGAAAGAGUUAACAGCUGCAUUGCCAUCGAAAAAUGUACAAUUAUCUCACAAUCACUUGCUCAAUCUUCUCCGUCUAAUCAAUGCACAUGCGGUGAAUUCUAGCCUCUCUUCCUCGGAGGAUACAAGAGCAAUCUGUUCCGCACUGCUAGGCCUUGCCGUGGUUGUGCUCCAAAUCAUCCAUCACUACGCGGUAGUUAAGCCAGAGAGCCUUGUCAUGUUUAGCCCUCUUUUGGUGGUGGCACUGACUGACUUUGUUAUAGUCGUGGUGAGUCAGGCACGAUCGAACAAGGAGGAAGAGGGUAAGUACGAGGAUGAGGAUGAUGGUAGCUUGGACGGAGCUGUGAAGCUGCUGGAAUUGGGGUUGGUUUUGCACCAGAUGAUCUGUGCUAUCUUCGUAGACUGCAGUUUCUACUUGGUGGUCGUCAUACUUGGCCUUUCUCUGGUGUAACGAAACUUCCGGUUUCAUCAAUUCCUGUAGCAAUAUCAAGUGUUUGGAAAUGUGCAGUUUUGAAGCUGCAAAGGACCAUGGAAAAUUGCAGAAACAGACGACAGUUUUCGACUGAAGGGGAUUGGAUGAUUCAGGGGAAUGUAAAUGUGCAAAGGCUGUUGCAUAAACUUGGAUUUAAAUUAUAAGCUUUAGUUUGAUAUAGAGAUUAGU